AUAAAGUUCUUAUGUCUGUUAUCACAGCACUUAAUGUGUUGAACUUUCCAGUGUAAACAAAAGUUAAUGCUUGAUGUUUAGCAAGUUCCGUCAGAAUUUUUUAAAAUUAAUGUUUUUGUUGCAUUGCUCAAUUUGUGCUGGAUUCUUAAGAAUUUUAAAUAGGUCGAAAAUUUAAAAAUAUUUACAAAAUCAAUUUUUUGUGAAUGAAUGAAUCUUCGGAAUCACACCUGAUUAUUCAAAAUUUAUCGUCCACAUAGGAACUGGACAGAUUUUUAACAUAUACCGUUAUUUGAUGAUGAAUUAUUUAUUUUUUGCCAUGCGAUUCUUGUGUUGGAGAAUUCUUUUUAAUCCCUUAUGUUUGUUCUCACAUUCGUCUUUCUUUUGGAUCUAGCAUUUGCUGUGUAUGCGGGUAUGUAUUUAAGGCGACAAAAGUCAGAGAAAGGUGUUCAGUUGUGAUUUACGUGUCGUUAAAAAAUGUUUGGAUUCUCAAAAAUUCUUUUUGUUUUUGGUGCAAUAUUGGCUGUGGUAAAAUAUUAUUCUCUUAGCAAUUUGUUCAAUCUCUUCUGGAUGGUUCUUAAUUGGCAUUCUUGAGUGAUAAUUGGUUACACAAGAUCAGAAAUUGCUAAUGAAAUCAACCAAGCACUGCUUAAUACAAUUCAUAUCUUUUAUCCAGGCUAAUGCAGAUCUAGCAGCAGAAAUCAAAACAUUUCGUACCCAAACGCUAAAUACUAUCCAAAAUCAAUUUAACAAUCUAUUCAAUGAUGUCUACGGUCACUUCCAUCGAUCUCAAAACACUUUGACAGGUGCACGUCAGAACCUUUAUUCAGCUGCAUCUACAUUCCCUUACUUCCGUCUAACUGCUGAAAAUAGACAAAACUUGACAGGCGUUUUGAGUGCUUUAGUUUACAACAUCAUCGACCCAACAAUUGAAGCUGUCCAAAAAUCAGCUAUGACCAAAUUUUAUGCCUACAAUAGUGACACACAGACAGUAACUGAAGAGGCAUUUUUAGCUGUUGAUACUCAAUUGAAUGCAUUAUCAACAUUGGCUCCAAAUUGUACGACGGGAGUUACAAGCAGAAAAUUAACUGCUGAAUAUUCAAAUUAUACAAAUGGAAUUAAUAACUGCACAAGAUUUGUGUUCCAAAAGUUCCGUGAUCCAAUCAAUGAAUUUACUCGAGAGCAUUUUGUUGCACUUCCUCUAAUUAACCGCAUUGUUCGGGAUCUGAAUCAAUGCACGGGUGGACUUAAUUCCAACAGAAUUGAAACUUGCGUCACUAAUUUUGACAAUACUUAUUGCCAGGAAGAUACAUGCAAAGUCAAUCCAACAAUACUUGCAGUCAAAGACCAGGCAGAGACUAUGAUUGUCAAUGGUCGAACAUUAUAUGAUACAUGCUUGAGCGGUUUGAGUAGUCAAUUGCCAUCGAAGCCUUCAUUCUUGACUAAUGAAAAUUGUGUUUUAGGUUUUUAAAUGUCAAGUAACCAAAAUUUAAUGGCUUUAGAGACUAGUAAGUAGUCUCUGACAAAAUGAAUUUCCAUACAAUUUUGUUAUUUAAUAAUCAGUAAUAAACAGACAUAAAAUCUAUUUUUUAAAAAAAAAGUUCUGGUGCGUCAGUAAAUGAAAAUUUUAAUUUGUACCCUUCACAAACAAAGUAAUGCAUUUUGCAGCACACUCUAGAAUGUAUUCAAAUUCAUGAAAAUUUAUGCAACAUAUUGCAUCACAGACAUUUUUCUCUGAAUUACAAAUGGAUAUAUUUCCAACAAAAUAGCUCAGAGCUCAAAUUCAUUCUGCAAUUGUUUGCUAUGCAAGCUGCAGGUUCAUUUUCUAUUUUAGAACUUGCUAUCAAGUUUUAAAACAAUUCAACUAUUCAA